AUGUCCUCGUCGAGGCAGGCUCUCAGCGCCCUGGUGCCGUCCCUUUCGGACAAGUUCAAGUCGUCUGACUCGGACCUCCGUGUCAUGGCGCUUCUGGAUUUGAACAAGGAGCUCAACCGCGUCCUCGCCACCCAGUCGCCCGCCAGGCCGUCCUCGUCGUCCCGCACGUCCACCACCGACGUCUACGCCGACGAGGUGUCCGAGAAGGUCCUUACUGAGCGCGUCCUGUCCCUCCUGCUAGACAGCAAUGCCGAAGUCAAGAAUGCCGCGGUCGCCUGCGUCGCCAACAUGUCCAAGAAGGCGCGCCCGGGUUACCUCCGCCAGAUUGUUAUCACCAUCACCGAGGGUAUUGGUGCGGCGGGCCAGAAGGUCGACGAGGAGAACCGCGACAUUUCCUGCCUGGCUCUCAAGUCUGUUGUUGCCGAGGUGAACCCCGAGGCGACCAACCUUCCCGACUGCCUCAAGAUCGUUAUUGCUCGCAUUCGCCAGAACGUUAGCCAUGCCGACGCCAACCCGCAGCUCGCGUCCGAGCUCCUCCAGAUUCUCACAGACAUCUACCAGCGCUUCCCCGCCGUCAUUGCCGAGUCGGCCGACUUGCAGACGGCAUCGCUCACUCUCUUCCACGAGGUCUUUACUGUACCCCGUCUCUCGGUUCGCAGGCGUGCCGUGCCCGCGCUGGCCGCGUUCAUCUCGAUCUGCCCCCAGCACUUCUCCGCGAUUAGCAGCGACAUGGCCCAGGGCUUCAAGAAGGGCGGCGACUCGGCCAAGGCAUGGGUCACGGCUGUCGCGGGCAUGGCCAAGACGUCGGCCAGCUCGCAGGUCGGCGCCCUCAUCGCGUCGGGGGACCUCGUGGAUGAGAUUAUGCGCCAGGUGUCCGACCUCGCCGACACUGAUGCUGCCGAGGGUGCCCUGACUGCCCUCGAGGUGCUGGCUCUUCGUUGCCCCUCUGAGAUGUCUCGCUACGUCGAGUCCAUUACCACUGGUGCGCUGGAGCUCAUCAAGUAUGACCCCAACUAUGUCGACAAUGACGACGACGAGGAGGAUGAUGUGGAUAUGGGUGAUGAGGAUGACGACGACGAUGACGACUUUGACAACGACGCGUACUCUGACGAUGAGGACGACUCUUGGAAGAUCCGCCGUUCCGCGGCCAAGCUUCUCCAGGCUUUCAUCAGCACCCGUAUCGACUUGCUUCUUGACUUUUACAAGACCGCUGCUCCUCGUCUCAUGACUCGCUUUAGCGAGCGUGAGGAGAGUGUGCGGCUUGAGAUCCUCACUGCGUUUGAGGCCCUGUUAAAGCAGACUGCCAACACGAGGAGUGCUGAGCUGGCAGCCGGUGGCCGCAACAAGCGCAAGAGGAGCGAGGAGAUGGACCAGGAGGGUGCCGAGGAGACCGCCGUCGGGUCGCUGCUCGAGUUGAGCCCGCAGCUCGUCAAGGCGAUCCUCAAGCAGGCUUCGUCCAAGAGCGUCGCCACUCGCCAGCAGAGCUUUGUCCUUCUUCGCCAAGUCGUCGAGGCCCUCGACGGCGGACUGGACGCCGAGGCCGACACCAUCUGCUCCACUGCCAACGGCGCCCUCCGCACCGCCGACAGUCCCUCGCUUACCAUUGCCGUCCUUUCAUUCCUCACCGCCUUCUUCUCCCACCACACUGCUCGCAGCUACGCCUCGCACCUCCAGGACCUGGCGCAGGCCAUUGUCCGCUGCAUGCGUGAUAAGCUCCAGCGCGUCAGCUUUGAGGCCUUUGCCGCUGCUUCGGCGCUUGCACAGGCCAUGCGCCCAAACAAGGGCUCGGCUUCGCCUCUGCGUUCCAGCUUUGACCGCCCCGUGCAGGACAUUUUCACGGCCACCACCAACGUCCUCGGCGACUCGUCAGUCGACAGCGAUGUCCGUGAAAAGGCCCUGAUCACUCUCGGCGAUGUCCUCGUCCACGAGGGUGAUGCUCUUGCCAGCCAACUCUCGGUCGCCCUCGACCUCAUCACCGCUCGUCUUACCAGCGAGAACACGGCGUCGGCAGCCGUCGAGGUCAUUGGCCGCGUUGCCGACUCGCCUCUCUGCACUGGCCUCACCUUUGACGCCUGGCUCCUCAAGGUCCUCCCCGAGGCCGUCGUUUCUAUUCGCCGCAACAAGCGUUCAGUGUCCAAGGCCAACGAGUUUGAGACUCUUGACAGCAUCCUCCAGCGCAUUGGCUCGACAUUGCCGGUCGAGACCGCCAACGGCAUCAUUGUCGAGCUCAAGGCGUUUGUUGACACUCCUGCCGCGCUCAACACUGUGUCCCUUGUCCUCGAGAACCAGCCAGCAAGCCGCGGCGCUGUUGACAAGCACAUUCUUCCCGAGGUUCUCAAGGCCGUCAAGACGUCGAGCAACACCGCGCAGAUCAAGGCGCUGACCGACUUCUUUGGCACCUACGUUGACGGCGACGUUGACUGUGCCCUUCGCCUUGUUCCUUCGCUCGUGCUUAACAUUGCCAAGGCCGACGCUCUUCCCGAUGCUACUCUCGGCGGCACUCUUGCCUACACGAGCACCGCCAGGUGUAUCGGUGCCGUCGUCAUGCACAGCCAGCGCAACCUCGCGGGUAUCCUUGCCACGUUUGAGCACACCAUCACGUCCAAGACGGCCAAGGAGCCCGACACGUACCUCGCCCUGCUCUGCAUUGGCGAAAUCGGUCGCCUGGACGACCUUUCAGUCAACGAGGGCCUGCUCGAGACCGUUCUCCGCUUCUUCACGCACCCCAGUGAAGAGGUCCGCAGCGCCGCUGCCUUUGCUGCUGGAAACAUGGCUGUUGGCUCGCCCGACGACCUUCUCCCCAUCCUCAUCAGGCACAUUGAGGCGACGCAGGAGGAGCCUCAACGUCUCCUCCUUCUCUACUCCCUCAAGGAGGUCAUCCUUCACUCGUCCGACCCUCAGCUGGACAAGCUGACGGACAUUCUGUGGCACCCUCUCUUCAGCAACGCCGACUCGCAGGCUGCCAGCGACGACGGUGUGCGCAACGUCAAGGCCGCGUGCAUCGGCAAGCUCACCAUUGCUGCGCCUGCUCGCUUCCUCCCUCAGCUCCAGAAGAUGCUCCAGGGCAACGACCAGGAGCGUGCGCUCGUUGCCGCUUCUAUCCGCUACACGUUCAUCGACUCGUCCAAGAACGACGCUGCGUCGACCAAGACGGACGAGAUGAUUGCCCCCAUCGUCGGCGAGUUCCUCUCGCUCAUGCAGGACCCCAACGCCGUCGUCCGUCGCCUGGCUGUUGCCGCCCUCAACGCUGCGGCUCAGAGCCGUCCCCAUCUCAUCAUCGACAAGCUCUCGGCUAUUCAGCCCUGGCUCUACAGCGAGACCGAGGUCAAGAAGGAGCUCCAGCGCGAGGUCCAGAUGGGUCCAUGGAAGGUACUCGAGGACGACGGCCUGGAGAACCGCAAGACCGCAUACGAGACCAUGUACACUCUCCUCGCGACGUGCUUUAGCCGCAUCGACCUGCCGGCAUUCACCGACCGUGUCAUUGCUGCUAUCGCCGACGUCAACGAGAUCAAGAUUCUCGGUCUCAUGCUUCUUCUCCGUCUCGCCCAGCUUGCCCCUGUCUAUGUCGUCCCGCGCCUCGACGAGGUCGCCACCCACCUCAAGGUCAUCAUGAAGGACCUCGAGGUCAAGGAGGACACGAUCAAGCAGGACCUCGAGCGCAAGGAGGAGAUGCAGCGCUCGACUCUCCGCACCGCGGUCCCCCUGUACCGCAUUAGCACGGCGGCCCAGGCUCCGGGCUUCCACGCGUUCGUCGCCAGCCUCCUCAAGUCGGACCAAUGGAAGGAGUACCGCGACUACCAGGCGUAA